AUGUCGUCUGAUGAAUUGGGUAGCGAAAAUGAAAAUUUUGAUUCAAUACAAAAAGACUCGUUAUGGAGAGAUGAGCAUAAGAUGGAAGAAUCUGCGCAGCUUAUACAUUUCCUUGUUUUAGGUCUGAUUUGUGGACUAAUCUUGAGGGAAUUAAAUAAGAAGACCAAGUAGGAGAGUUUAAUAUCAUUAGCAUCCCCUACUCUCCUAUGAUUCUUGCUCUUGGUUUGGCUAUUGGUCUAUCGUAGGAAUAUCUUGGGAAAAUAGGGAAUAGUGCUUACAUUUUAUCUAAAAUGCAUCCUCAUUUGAUCGUCUUCAUUUUUAUUCCAGUUCUCUUGUUCGAGUCAGCUUUUAACUGUGACUGGUACACUUUCAAGUACUAAAUCAUUAAUAUCUUGCUCUUGGCAGGGCCUGGAUGUGGAUGGGUAAUUUUAUAUAAUUUAUAUAAAAGGGAGCUAUAUUGUUGGGAGCAUGCUUUAAGAUCAUUCUGUAGUAUAGCGAUGAUGAUAUGAACUGGUACGAGGCAUUUACAUUGGGAUCAGUGUUAUCAGCUACUGAUCCUGUGGCAGUAGUUGCACUCUUGAAGGAAUUAGGAGCAAAUCCAGCUUUUAAUCAUUUGAUUGAAGGGUAUGAAUUCGAUGUUAUAUUUUAGGGAGGCAUUACUCAAUGAUGGAGUUGCAAUGGUUUUCUUUAAUGUUUUUAACAAUAUUUCAAAAGCUUCGAGUGGAAAAGGAGAGGCAGUUAACGGAGGGGACAUAGUGUUAAGUUUCAUAAGGACAUCGCUUUUGGGACCAGUGAUGGGUCUAAUAUUGGGUGUGCUGGUUGCUUUGUGGACCAAAAGAAUAUUGGGUGAUGAUAUUGAAGUAACUUGGUUGACAUUCGUAUUUACAUAUUUUACAUUUUAUUGGGCAGAAUUCGAAUUUUUUUAAACAAGUGGACUUUUGGCAGUAGUAGGUUUAGGUUUGUUUUGGUGUGCUUAUGGGAGAACAAGGAUAAGGGCUUCAGUUGAGCAUUCAGUUCAUGCAGUUUGGGGAUUUGUGUAAUAUAGCUGUGAUACUCUUGUGUUCCUAUUGGUAGGUAUCAUUGUCGGUAUAGAAAUUAUGGAGGAGAAACUAAUAUUGAGUUCAGACUACUAUAAAAUGAUUGGAUUCUAUUUCUUAAUGAUUUUGGCUAGAUUUUUAAUGGUUCUGACAUUCUAUCCAUUUUUAAAAUGUAAUAUCGAUUAUGAAUUUAAGGUUUUGGAUACCCAAUAUCAAAGUCUGAGUUGAUUGUCUUGGUCUAUGGAGGAUUAAGAGGAGGAUUGGGACUAACACUCUCCUUGAUGGUAGGUUGUGAUGAGGAUCUACCUGCUCGUUUUAGACAUUUAGCUGUUUUCUAUGCUGCUGCCAUGGCCUUAAUCACCAAUAUGAUCAAUGGAACUACUUGCAAGACUUUGGUUAAAUGUGUUAAGAUGAUAGAUGAACCAAUUGUGAAAAAGAAGGUGUAUAAGAAAUAUUUGGAGGAGUUGAUUGUUAUUCAAUAGGAUUUAGUCAAGGAAUUGGAGACUGAUGAUUUCUAUAACAUGACUGAUUGGAUGACUGUGGGUAAUCUGAUUGGACAAUAGGAUUUUAUUGACAAAAUUGAUAAAGUGGAAUAAGAUAUUAAAAAUUUCAUCUAAAAGAAGGGGUUUUAAGAAAUGAUCUAUGAAGGAUUGCCAAAUCAGGAUGUUUUUGGAGAGGUCAGAUAUAGAGUCUAUAGAAUUCUGAAAGGAUUGUAUUAUCAUAAAUAUGAAGAAGGUCUUGUUGAAGAAUAAACGGUAAGGAUGCUGGUAGAAUCCAGUGAUGUUGGAUUAGAUAAAUUAAAUGAUAAUCUUGAAAUUUGGGAUGAAUUAUACAAGAAUUUUAUGAAUCUUUGUAGUGUCAAUUUCUUUUUUAAAGUGAAACAGAAGUUUCUCAUUGGAUACUUUGCAAGGGAAUAUUUGAUCAAACAUCUCGGUUUAGUUUAUGAUGUGACAUCCUCAUUUAUUAUAUGUGCAGAAGAGGCAUUGAAGUUGGCAGACAAUUUCCCUAUGAAUAAGGAAGCUAUAUCUAUUAUUUAAGAAGAAUUAAAAAGAGAUAUUGAAAAGGCAUAGACUUACUUUGGUACUUUAAAUGGGAGUUUCCCUGAAAUCGUCAGAGUCCUUCAAACCAAAAAGGCUUCCUUCUCUAUUUUGACACACUCCAUUGAACAUCUUCAAUCUACGCAACGUCGAGGUCUCAUUGAUGAUAAAGAAUAUAAGAUCUUAUUGAAAGACAUUAACAACAAACUUGUCAAAUUAGAGAGUCAUUCAUAUGAUAUGAGUCUUCCCUCUUUCCAUGUUGUUGCAAUGUAAUUCCCAAUCUUUUAAGAGAUCUCUCUUACUGAUUUGGAUAUUAUCAAAAAGGUUGCUAUAGAAAAGAAGUAUGUCUUAGGAUAAGUUAUCUAUGCCAAAGGGGAUGAAUGCAGUGAAGUAUACAUUAUCAUGAGAGGAUACGUUGUCAAUGAUUUUAAUGGAAUUCUCAUUACUAAGGGAUUGGGAUCUCUAAUUACCCAUUAGAGUCUUAUUGUGGAUGGUGUGCAUAUGAGCACGGCUAAAGCAGCUGUAGAAUCCUAAUUGUACGCCUUACCUACCAAAGUAAUCAAAGAAGUUAUGAUCAGAAAUAAAGAAUUUGAAUUCAAGGUUUAUCUACACUCUCUUGGUAUUUAUCACUUUCAUAUCCUUUUUAGAAUACAUUAGAAAAUGGUAUGAGAGUAAAGUCGGCCCUCUUGCUUAGAUGGAUUUAAAGAGAUUGAAUGAGUUCUUAAGAAAUAAAUGUAAGCUAAUCAAACUCUCAGCACUAUCUCAAACUGAAUUUACUCAUGGAGGCUUCUUGUUUUCUGGAGAAGUACAAGAUUCUAAGGCUAACACAUACUAUAAAUAUGAGUAAGUCAUCAUUAGUAUAUUUUAAGUUAUAUUCCUCCAAGUGAAGGGCUUUUUACUACUGUAUAAUAUGCAACCUGCUUUACUUUUGAUGAACCAAUAGAAGUGCUCCAGAUGAAGCGAAUGAAGGAACUUAAAUUAGAUAGUCAAAGAGAUUAAGAAAUUCACGAAAGAUAUUCAGAGAUCAAGAGAAAUUCUAUUAUGGAGUUGAGCAAGAUAAAUAUUACAUGA